UUAGCCACUGUGAUUGGAUACAGUUGGUUAGCAGGGGCUUAUGUAGCUCCGACCUCUGCCGCGGUGUGUCACUGUGGCGUUAGGGGACCAUGACGUUUUAACACCAAACACUCUUUGGUUUGAUGGUAUGAGUUUGUUUCCGGAUGUUUAGCUAGUGUCAGGGUAAGAAUGGCUGCGAUGUUUACGUGUUGUCUAGGCUGCUGUGGAGAUGGCGGAUCGGGGCAUAUUCCCCUCAAAGAAAUGCCAACUGUUCAAUUAGAUACUCACCACAUGGGCACAGAUGUUGUUAUUGUAAAGAGCGGUCGGAGGAUAUGUGGCACUGGAGGCUGUCUGGCCAACGCUCCUCUUCACCAGAACAAAAGUUAUUUUGAGUUUAAGAUCCAGUCCACUGGCGUGUGGGGAAUAGGUGUGGCUACGCAGAAAGUGAAUCUUAAUCAAGUGCCUUUGGGCAGAGACACAAACAGCCUUGUCCUGAGGCAUGAUGGGUCUGUGUACCACAACAAUGAAGAGAAGAAUCGUCUACCUGCAAACAGCCUCCCUCAGGAGGGUGACAUUGUGGGGAUCACAUAUGACCACGUGGAGCUGAAUUUAUAUCUGAAUGGAAAGAACAUGCAUUGUCCUGCCUCAGGGAUCCGAGGCACUGUGUACCCUGUUGUUUAUGUGGAUGACAGUGCCAUCUUAGACUGCCAGUUUAGUGACUUCUACCACACCCCACCACAAGGAUUUGAGAAGAUCUUGUUUGAACAACAAAUCUUCUAAAGAAGCACUUCAGCCUCAGUCCAUUGUCAUUCUCUGUGACACAACAGUGUGACUGUGAUUGUAUCAUUAUGUGUGGCUUGAAUGCCUCUUUUGCCUCUUUUAGUUUCCGGUGAUUACUGUUUUUUUGUUGCUGCUCUUGAUGGGCAUUGGAUUAUCCUUGAAGGAUCAAGGAUUUCUGAUCAUUGGUCAGCUAUGAUCUGUGCUAAUGGAAAACUGUCAAAUCAUUACCUUGUGUUAAUGGUAUUCAUCCUGUAUUAACUGACACACCUUAAAAACGUUCCCAUUGUUCUGGUUUUGUUGACAUUGCUUUAUACAUAUAUUUCUAACUGUCAUCUCCUACAUGCCAUACUGACAUCCCAGGGUGCAAUGUUUAUUUAUUGGUAUUUAUCUGAGUCACAGAUCAAAGUGAUAUGUCUCUUUGGUUUGACAAAGCAUGUCAUUUUUUGUUUGGACUAAUGAAGGAUCAGCUGUCAAUCCUGACACACCAGUCAACAGUAUCCCAUGCACUUUUAUGUUGCCGUCUUUAAUUAAAAAUACAGUUUUUAAAAACAGGAAUACUUCAACACUCUUUGAUUAAAGUCACUGUUUCAGUAUGAGUUGACAGAGAUGGUUUUAAACACUAGACUGGUGCACUUUCCAGAGACUUAUUUUUAUCUUUGGUACACUUAGGAGACCGUGCUCGGAAAUGUUUUACAAAGUCCAAAAGGUCUUAAAUGGUAUUAAGAUUGAUUUCUAAAUCACGUUUCUGAACUGCCCUUUAGUUAUCCCGGAUUUUUCUUGUCCUGAAAUCAUUUUAUGGUCUAAUUUAUUCUAAAUAUCAGAAUAUUACCAGAGCUGGUGCUGCUCGUCUCUGAUUAGAGAUAUAUGGUUAAAAAAUGUCAAUUUGUUGUAUUGUAUUGGCACUGCAUAUCAGCUGCUGAAGUGUGAUUGUCAAAUAUUUCAAAUGCUUGUCUUUGUUUGCACUAUUGAUAUUAUUGUACAAGCAAAUCCAAAUAUUGUCGAUUCAUUAAACUUUUGUGUCUGGAGGCAUA